UUCCUUUACUUACCGAUUACUCUUAUCUGAAUCUUUGUGACUUUUUUCUUGCCUUUUUUCUUCUUCAAUUUUUCCCAUGUCUUUUUAUAAUUUAGAGAUUAAAACUAUCCUAAAAAGAGUCUCAUUGAUGAAUAUAAUAGUAGAAAAGUUAUGUCCUUUAUCUCAUUCCAUCUUGAAUUAUAAUAUGCAUAUAUUUCACUUUCCUUGUUAGAGCUUAAGAUUCCUAAGUGUAAGGACUUUCCUUCAUUCUCAAGUUCCCCAGUACUAAUAUUAUUAAAAAGGUGUACUUGUACUUGUGCUUAAUAAGUAUUAGUUGAACUGAAUAUUUAAGAAAAUAUUGCCUAGUCUUAUUAAAUUAAAGUUGCUUGGUGACUCUAUUUUUGCCUUAUUUAUGCCUAGCUAGUCUUUUCUGUGUAUAAUGCUUCAUUUUGCGCCCCUACAAUAUUGACUUGCAAUGAUGUCAGUUAAACUUCCUGUUUUGGUAUACUGUUUCUCAAACUUAUUGAGGUCACUUCAGAGUCCAUUCCUGUAUUCCAACAUAUUAGCAACCCUGACCAAUUAAAUGAUCAUCUGCAAAAUUAAUGAGUAUGCUCACAGUUCCUUCAUUUAGGUCAUCAAUAAAGGUAUUAAAUAAUACUGAUCCCUGUGCUUAGGAAGUCUCUUUAGGUUGAUUGUGAAAGGUCAAUAGUCACUUCGUGGGUAUAUAAACCAGUUGGUCAUGCAGAUAUGCACAAGAACCCAUUAAUUCUCCAGCAGUAUACUUAGUUUGCCUUGCAAAAAUAGGUAGAUUUGGAGGGCCAGGCAUGUUCCGUAUCUAUGCCUCUUUUCCCCUUAAUGUCAUAUGUACCGUAUAAGUUACGGGAGGAGAGGAUGAGGUGUGGAAGGAAGAUAUGGCCAAUCAAAGAGUGUGAUAUGAAAGGAAAGAUUCCAGUCUGCUGAUGAUGAGCAAGCACCAGGAUAGCAGUGAUCAUGUCUUUGAGAAAUUAUAUGGGUUGUGCUAGAUAGCAUAAUAAACUCAUAUUCCAGUCAUAACAGUUUGGCAUUCUACAUAUCAGCAAACAUUUUGGGACGGGGGGGCGGGGGGUUGACUACUAGUUCUAUGUCAUAUGUUCCAGGUUAUGAAUGGGAAUAUGAUUUCAUCUGGAAUCUUAAACUUUAAACACAAGGUAGAUAGAUCAUACCCACUCCUCCUUCCUUUAUUCCUUCUCUAUGUAUACUCUACUUUUCUAGUGUUGUUUUAUAUUGUUAUCCCACACUUUUUAAAGAUCUCACUAGGUUGGAUACUCUCUGUUUUCCAGAUAAGCUCUGUUUUCUUGCUUCUGUUCUGAUAAUGUAUAUUGUGCCUCAAAUGCCUUUUCUCCCAUCUUCCAUUGAAUCUAUAUUUUUGAGCUUAGCAAGUACCUUUUUUUCUUAAACUAUUACUGAGUAACCUAAAUAUUGCUUCCAAGGCAGAAGAGUAGUAAGGGCUAGGCCAUUGGGGUCAAGUGAUUUGCCCAGGGUUACAUAGCUAAGAAGUAUUUAGGCCAAAUUUGAACUCAAGACCUCCCGUCUUCAGAUCUGGCUCUCUAUCCACUGACCCACCUGCCCAUAACUGGUGUCUUCUUGAAGCUUUCCCUAAUCCCUUCCUGUCUAUAAACAUUUUUAACCCCAUGACUCCUUAUAUAAUUUUAUUUUGUAUGCCACCAAUGUACUCAUAAUAUGCAUUAAUUAUUUGUGUAUGAGUCUUAUUCUUUACUAUACUAUAAGCUCCAGAGACAUUGUCUUAUCCAAUGUCUAGCACUUAGCACAGUCUAAUGUACUCAGUGAUCACUUUUUGUUGAAUAUCAUUGACUUGGAUGAAGACAAAGAAGUUAUAUAGGCUUUGGUAUCAGAAGGACUUGGGUUCAGAUUGUGAUCCUGCCAAUUAGUAUGUAUGUGAUGUUAGGCCAAUUUACUUAAUUUGUUCAGGUUAACUUUUUCCUCAUAAAAUUAGGAGGAUGUAUAUGAUCUCUAUAGUUCUUUCUUGGUCUAAAUAUAUUGCUCUGUUAAUCUUUUAAAAGUGCAUUUUUAUUCAUUCUGUUUUUUACACCAUCAUAAUUUUCCUUUGUAUUCCUUCCCCAUCUCCUUGCUAAAAGUCAUCCCAUUAAAUAAAUUGUAUUUAAAGAAAAACUCUUAUCUUCUGUCUUAGAAUCAAUAUUGUGUAUUGGUUCUAAGGCAGAGGAACAGUGAGGGCUAGGCAAUGGGGGUUAAGUGACUUGUCCAGGGUCACACAGCUAGGAAGUGUUUGAGGCCAGAUUUUGAACCUAUAACCUCCCUUCUCUAGGCCUGGAUCUCAACCCACUGAACCACUUAGCUGCUCCUCUUCCCUAUCCCAACCCCAUCCUGGAUAUUUUAAAUUUAUUUCAUAUUCAUUAUACUUCCUUGAUGUUUUGAUGUUUUUCCUUGUACAUUUGCAUAAGCCAGCUUUUAUAGAGUAAUUUCAUAAUAUGCACAAACACACCCUGUAGUUUUACAUUGACAUGCCUGUUGUAUGCAACUUGUUAACUCAUGAUGCAAGCAUCAAUACAGUUGCAUUUCUUCUUAGUGUAUUAUAAAUGUUCAACUCUUCCCCUCCUUAAAAAAUGGUGUAAAACUGUUGAGGAUAUAGGCUUCAUGGCUGGUUUCUUCUCUAGUGUUUUCUGUUAAAGACUAAAGAGAAGUUUUGAGAAAUGCAUUGUUGUAAUAUUGGGCUAAAUGAAUAUCUGUAGUUAAGGGAACAUAAUGCAGUGCUUUUUUUUAGCUCCUGACUUGGUAUCAACACCAUCAUUUUAUGGAACUAUUCACUGCUGAACAACUUUAAAAGUGGAUUUCCACAUUGAAUUCUUGUUGCUCUUGGCAUUUGUUCUUCAGGUGGUGUUAGUAAAACAGUCCUAGAAUUGGAAAAAAUUUCUGGUUUCUGACAGUUCAGAACUGCUCUACAUCUUCAACAAAAUCACAGCCAAAGGGGGCAGCUGGGUAGCUCAGUGAAUUGAGAGCCAGGCCUAGAGACGGGAGGUCCUAGGUUCAAAUCUGGCCUUAGACACUUCCCAGCUGUGUGACCCUGGGCAAGUCACUUGACCCCCAUUGCCUAGCCCUUACCACUCUUCUGCCUUGGAGCCAAUACAUAGUAUUGACUCCAAGAUGGAAGGUAAGGGUUUAAAUUAAAAAAAAAUCACAGCCAAAAGUUGUCUUCUGUUUGGCUAUAAAGAGAUUGGGAAAUACUACAAAAUUAAGUGUGAGGAUACCUGUGUUCUAAAACCAAAAUGUCUAUUUUUCUCUUGAGUUGUUUUCUUUUUCCAAGAUUAAUUUCUUAUUUUCUCAGUAUCCAUAGAUGUGAGACACUAGAGAUGAAUGAAGCUUGGUAGUUAGCACUUAGAAAAUAAAUAAUGAAUACUCAGACCCAAAAUAUUAGAAAAUCUAAUUAUCGGGAGAAUAAAAGAGGGAUUUUUACAACAGCAGUAUUCUCAGGAGUUGGCUUUGGUGUGCUGAUGGUGAUAGCUAAUAUAGUUCUUUAAGAAUUGCAAAACAUUUUAAAUGUCUUACUUUAUUUGAGAUUGGUGCGAUUAUUAAGUAGACAUAUCACAUAAGUAAACUGAAUCUAAGAAUGGUUAAGUGAUUUGUCCAGCAAGUCACACAGCUAAUAAGUGUCUUGGUUCCCUCUGAAGUCAGCAUUCUAGAGAUUAUGCCACCUAGAUGAUUGUCUUGAUGGACCUUCAAAUAAUUAAUUAUAUCAUCAACUGAUAUGAUGGUCACUUAUAUUUCAGGGAUGACCGAAAUUAAAUUGGGAAAAUGCACAGUGAUGUCUUUUCAAAGACAUCUAAAAAAAUGAACACAAUUCUGUUAUAUAAUGUGUAUUUUCUUCAACUAGUACAGUAUGGGCUGUUAUGGUAGGUUAAGUACCACAGAAAGAGGAAAUAAACAACUUAACAUACAUUUUAAUUGAGGGAGAGGUAGCUAGGAGGCAUUAAAUAUAGCCCCAGGUCCAGAGCCUGAAAAAUCUGGAUUCAAAACAGGCCUCAGAUACUUCCUAGCUUUGUGACCCUGGGCAAGUCACUUAAACUCAUUUGCCUAGUCCUUGCUCUUCUGUCUAAGACAGAAAGUAAGGUGUUGUUUUUUUAUUUUUUUAAGUGGGGGAGGACAUGAAGAAUUAUAUCCUAGCUCAGGAGAGAUAGGCAAUCUCAUAACUUUAGUUGUUCCUUCUUGUUUACACAUACAUAUUUAGACACGUGUGUGUGGUGUGGUGUGAGGGCUUGCUGAUCCAUUUUCAGGGCUGCUCAUACACCUUUGGGAUCCACCUCCAAAAAGCUUUAGCAUGUGUAGUGGCCACAUUCUAGUAAAACCAUCUGGGCAGAUGGGCUAAACUAGGUCAAAGGUAGCUGACAGACCUUAAACCUGUUGGUGAGUUAGGGGGUUGUCAAGCCUGUAAAAACUUUCCCCAGGGAAAUGGGUGAAUGAGAACAGUUUGUCCCAAUGGCCAUGAAAGUGGCUGAAGCAGGUGCUGUAGUGCACUUAUGAGCUUUGUCGGACACUGAUGUCAUUGGUCCACUUAGGAAAUGAAGAAUCAAUAACAGUUUUUAAAAGUCAAAUAAGGAGGUUUUUCCCACAGGUGAUUUGUAUGUAUCGCUCUAUUAAAUACUGGGUUGAAUUCCAUAGUUUCUGAUUUUCUCUUAUAGUGUGUUACAUUGAUCUAGCUCUUUAUUUUUAAAUCAGUACUAGAGAGUUUUUAUGACUGCUGCUUUAUAUUAUAGCUUGUAGUCUGGAAGUGCUAGUGCACCCUUGUCUCUUUCUUUUCACCAUUUUCCUUGAUAUUCUAGAAUUUUGCUACUAUUUUAAUCAAGUUCUAUGAAGACUCCCUUUGAUAAUUUGAUUAAUACAAUAUUACAAGUACAACUUAGUUCUGAUAGUAGUGUCAUUUUUAUUAUUUUGGCUUAACCUAACAGUCAACUGUUUAAAUUUGUCUUCAUUUCUUUAAGAAAUACUUUGUAAUUGAAUCUAUAUUAGCAUUUUGUGUGUUUUGGUAGGUCUGUUCCCAAAUAUUUUAUGCAUUUUGUAGUUACUUGGAAUGGGAUUUCCCUUUCUAUUCUUUUUGGUUGAGUUCUUUUAUUAUAUAGAAAUGCUUUUGAUUUUUGAGGGUUUAUUUUUCAGACAAUCUUUGCUGAUGAUGUUUCACAUAGUAUCUUUUCUGAUCCCUAGGAUUUCUGAACCUGUAGGAUGGGGAGUGAGGAUGGGGUUGAAUUCUUUAUCAAGCUCAGACGUGUGUCUUGCUCUUCCUCCUCUGUUCUGCUCUUUCUCUGCAGAGAUCUUUUUGUAGUACAGAGUUUCUUCAGGAAGCUAGCCAUUGAGAAGCCCAGAUCUCCAUGGCGCUGCAAAGAAGGGGGGGGGGGAUCCUGGGAUUGGGUGUUGAGUUUUGUUGCAAGUUUGUGGAUUAGGUCCUGGGGUUGACUAGUGCAGCCUUGCUGCCAGUAGUGGCAGCGGGGUAGAAUCAUGGAUGCUAUGUAAAUUCAGGGUAGGCGUCAGUUCAUGUUGUUGUUUUUUUUAACCUUCUUUUCGGUUCUGGGUGUCCUAGACCAUGGAGACAGCUGAAGUUGCUUCAUCUUUGGCAUAAUUUCUGUUUUAGAGAGAUUUGAAAGUUCAUGAGUAUCAGAGAAAAUAUCUUGUCUUCCAUUCUGUUGGAGUGACCCAGAAGUUCCCACCCUGUGGUUCUUUGAUAGGUUAGAAUAAUGGACUGAAUAUAAUAUGAUUAAAUAUAGAGGCAAUAUAGUCUUAUAUUUUAACUGAAAAGUAAAUUUCAUAAAUACAAUAUGGGAGAAGCAUGGCUAGACCAUAGCAUUCUUUAAAAGUCCUGGGAUUUUAAUGGACUGCUUACUUGAUAUGUGUCAGCAGUGUUGUGGCAACCAAGAAAGUUACAGUGGAGUUGCAUCCUACUUAGCCGUAAAGCCACUAUUUAAAGACAUUGUGGAAGAGAAAAUCAGAUACGGUCAAGAUCAUCUUUUCUUGAAUUCUUCAAAUCAUCAGUAAAGUAUAAUAUGCAUGUUUAAUUGUUUAGGCAAAGUAAGUUAGCAAGCUAAUUUGUAACCUGGAGAUAAGGAUUGGUUCUAAGAACUGAGAUAGGCAGGCUAAGGUAUGAAGUAGAUAUGACUAGUAAGCCUAAAUGUAUUUUGGAUUGAAUUAUUUGUGCUCUAGGACUGUCUCAACUUAAAACUUGCUUCCCUCAUUCCCAUCCCUAGCCGGUUGGAAACAAAGUAAAAUUAUCUAGGUAGUUGAUAGCCCCAAUUUUCUCCUUUCUGGUCAGAUGACACCUAGACCAGAGUUCUUAAACUCACAGCUUCAAAACUCUUCAGUGCAGCCAGAACCAGAGUGAAAUGUAUUUGGGAAAUGUUUAACAAAAUAAAUAAAAAUACAGCAUAUCCUAGACAGCAUUAAGUUGUGGUUUUCUAAGGCAAUAUGCUGCCCUCUGAUCCAAAAGAAAGGAUCAGUUUCUAUUUGACACCACUGAUCUAUAGUACUAUAAUUAUAUUUUGUCACCAUACUUUUAAGAACAUUAAAAGUUAGAGAGAAUUUAUAGGUUAGUAAAGGUACUUACCAUAUGAUUGGUUUAAUGAACUGAGGAAGUUUAGCUUGGUGAAGAGAAGAGAAGAUUUAAGUGGGGACAUGAUACUUAUCUUCAAAUAUUUUGUAUUACUAUGUGGAAAAAGAUUUAGACUUCUAUUUGAUUCAAAAAGAAAGACCUAGGAGUAGGGUAGGUAUGAAAGUUGCAGAAAGAAAAAUUUAGCUUUGAUAUAAGAAAAAAAAUUCCCACAAUUAGACUUAAUCAGAAAGUGUCUUGAGAGGUAAUGAGUCAUAUUAGAAGUUUUGUGGCUGAAUGAAUACUUCUUGGGACUAUUGUAGUUUGGAAGCUGCCAGAUCUUUUGUAAUUAUGAUUGAUACUCCUUGAUAUCUAAAUUGUCUCUUUUUUUUGCUUCUUGUAAAAUUUUCUCCUUAGCUUGGAAGCUGUUGAAUCUGGCAUUUACAUUCCUGCAGGUUGUCUUUUGAGGAUUUAGUGUAGAGGAUUUUCUAUGAAUUCUUUCAAUGUCUAUUUUGCCCUCUUGUUCAAGAACAUCAGGGCAGUUUUCUUGGAUAAUUUCUUGUAGUAUGAUGUCAAGAUUUCUGUUUAUUUCUGGGUUUUCAGGUAGACCAAUGAUUCUCAAAUUCUCUUUUUGAGACUGGUUUUUAUAGUCUAUCAUCUUGUCAGUGAGAUAUUUUAUGUUUUCUAUUUUGUCAGUCUUUUGACUUUGCUUUAUUAAUUCUUGCUGUUUUGAGAGAUCAUUGGCUUCCAAUUGCCUAAUUUUGAUCUUUAAAGGCAGGUUUUCCCCUAUAAUCUUUUGAUUUUCCUUUUUGGUUUGGUCUAUCCUGCUUUUCAUGGCUUCCAGAUCUUUAAUUUUGGUCUCCAAUUGGGAGUUCCUGUCCUUUAAACUGUUAUUUUCUUUUUGAACUAUUCUUUUCUUGUCAAAAUUCUUCCAUCCUUUUGAUAAGCUCCAAUUUAAAUUCUUCAAGAACAUGUGGCCAAUUUCCAUUGUUUUUAGAAGGUUUUGGUGCAUUUAUUUGUAUGUCCUCUUCUAUUUCCUCUGUGAUCUGGAUUUUUCAUACAUAAAAAUUAUUCAGGAUCAACCCCUUCUUCUUGUUUUUCUUGGUUUGUUUUUCUUUUUCCUGGGCACAGUUUGCCAUCACUAUGGUGGUUUUUCCUUCCCUUUCCAGUCAGAAAUCUGAGUGAGGAGGGCAGGCUUUCUAUGUAUGGAGCUAAGGAGCAAGGUUUUUGCCUGAGGCCACCUCUGGAGUCUCCACAGCUUCUACUGUUUGCUGCCCUUCUCUGUGCUAUCUCCCUGCGGGCGCCAAGGUCAGGACACUUCAACCUUGCUGGGGUCUCAAGUCUAGCUGCUUUCAGGGGUAGGUCUUGAUGGUCUUUGUCAGCUGCCAAGGCCCUAGAGGUGCCCCUCACUCACUCACUGAUUUUAGCACAUUGGCUCUGACUCUAGUGCACUGGCUCUAUGUGUCUGGGGUGGGAGAGGGUUGAUCAGCUCGUGUUUUGGUGGAAGCUAUUUCACCCCCUUAUAGUGUGGAAAUGCCCAAAUCCCAUGUGCCUUCAAUGCUGCACCCUACUGAAGAGUGCCAUCAUUCAUAUGAAAUUUUUUUUUGGCCUUUUCAGGUAGUCUGUAUAGAUAGGUGUUGAAGAGAGGAAGAGUCCUGUGUCUAGACUGCCGCCAUGUUUACCUGGAAGUCUCCAUAGCCUUGUUGGGACUAUUGUAGAAGGGAUUCUUGUGCAGAAACAGGUUCUACUAGAUGAAAGAAUUCCUUUCUAACUCCAACUCUCUAAACAUGGAAAUAUAUUUCCUGAAAAACUUCUGUUGAUUCAUUUCACUUGAUUCAUAUAGAUAAACUAAAACCUUUAAAAAUAAGUUAUUCCAUUGCUGAUCAUCAUAGUUAAGAAUUAUAUCAGACAUUAAUAAAUAUGGAUAUUUUUGUAAAUUUUAAAUAAUUUGAUAAUUAUGUAUUGUGAUUAGUCAAUAUGAAGUUGUUCUAGUUUUAUAUUAGCUGCAUUGACUCCACAUAUUUUUGCAAAAUAAUUAUUUUAUAGAAAUAAAGUAAUUGAUAUAAACAAAAAAUAUCCACAUUUAAUUUACUGUAGAACUGAUUCUUUAAGAUGAUUUUACUAUAUGGCAUAGUUCCUGACACAUGAAAAUAAAUGCCUGUUAAUUCAUUAUCAAUUUGAGUCAGUCAUAAUUAAAAAGAUUUUUAAAAGUUCAAGAUUAAUUUCAAGACCAGAUGUAUAAUACAAUGAAUAGAAAAACACAUUUACUUUAAAAACUAAAAUAGCUUCUUCCAUUCUCUCCCAAUUUGUGCAAGAGAUAGAAUUACAUCUGUGACUUGAAUAAUUAAAGUAUCUCUCUUCUGUGGUUGGAUAACCCAAGAGUUUCAUGUUUGACUGGAUUAGUGAACAGAACAAUAAGUAUAUGGAAUGAUAAGGAUUACAGCGGUAAAUUGGCAAAGAUAUCUCCAGAGGCUGUUGGAUUCCUGUCAGCUAUUGGGGUGUUUAUUAUCUUGAUGCUGCUCCUUUUUCUCUAUAUUAACAAGAAGUUGUGUUUUGAAAAUGUUGGUGGCUUUCCAGAUCUUGGUUCAGGAUACAGUACAAGGGAGAAUUCACAAGAUAAAAUUUAUAAUACAUAUAUGGAUAAAGAUCAGCAUGGUUCAUCCUCUGAAAGUGAAGAUGAAGCACUGGGUAAAUACCAUGAAGCCUUGUCCAGGACACACAAUUCCAGGCUGCCAGCAGCAGGUGGAAGACAAAAAAAUUAUGUUUGGGAGACCAGACAAAAAUACAGUCCUCUAUCUGCAGAGUAUGAUGGAUAUAGUAGUGAAGCAUCAAUAGAUGAAGCAAACUGCAUUCAAAGAAUGAGAAGAACACCUCCACUGGAUGAAUUGCAGCCACCACCAUAUCAAGAUGACAGUGGCUCUCCACAUCUCUCAUGUACACCUUCAGAGAUUGGUGACAGUAAAUGUGAAUUUUCUCACUGUAGCAACAGUCCAAGAUGUUCAUACAAUAAAUGCCCAAGCGAAGGAAGUACAGGACAUGAAAUAGAAAGUUUUCAUAAUAAAGGCUAUGAAGAGGAUGUGCCCAGUGACAGUACUGCUGUUCUUAGCCCAGAAGAUGUAUCAGCUCAAGGAUCAUCUUCACAACUUCCUAAACAUUUUGAUCCUGAGCCAGAAGCUAAAUAUGGCACCCUGGAUGUGACUUUUGACUAUGAUUCACAAGAACAGAAGCUCUUAGUAACAGUGACAGCUGUCACAGACAUCCCAACAUAUAAUAGGACCGGCAGCAACUGCUGGCAAGUGCACCUUGUUCUUCUACCUAUAAAAAAGCAGAGAGCCAAGACAAGCGUCCAGCGAGGGCCAUGCCCUGUCUUCACAGAAACAUUCAAGUUUAACCAUGUUGAAUCUGAGAUGAUUGGAAAUUAUGCUGUUCGUUUUAGACUUUAUGGCGUACGUCGCAUGAAAAAAGAAAAAAUUGUAGGGGAAAAAAUUUUUUAUUUAACAAAACUGAACCUUCAAGGGAAGAUGUCACUACCUGUGAUUCUGGAACCUUCUUACAGUAUUUCCGGCUGUGGCUCCCAGAUGAGCAUGUCAGAAAUGUCCUGUAGUGAAAGUACAUCUUCUUGUCAGUCUCUAGAACAUGGCUCAACUCCAGAAAUCCUCAUUGGCCUGCUUUAUAAUGCCACAACUGGCAGAUUAUCAGCAGAAGUGAUAAAAGGCAGCCACUUCAAAAACUUGGCAGCAAACAGACCACCCAAUACCUAUGUUAAGUUAACUCUUCUGAAUUCCAUGGGUCAAGAGAUGUCCAAAUGCAAGACAUCCAUCCGCAGAGGGCAGCCAAAUCCCAUAUACAAGGAAACUUUUGUUUUUCAAGUGGCACUGUUUCAGCUUUCAGAUGUGACGCUUAUACUGUCCGUGUAUAACAAGCGCAGCAUGAAACGAAAAGAGAUGAUAGGUUGGAUUUCUCUAGGUCUCAACAGCUCAGGAGAAGAGGAACUCAAUCAUUGGACUGAAAUGAAGGAGUCAAAAGGACAACAAGUAUGUAGAUGGCAUUCACUAUUAGAGUCAUAAUGGACAAAGCCAAGAAUGAUUAUGACUCAAUGCAGCCUUGUUUCUGGCUCCAAAAAGGUCGUUUUUACUUAAUUAUUACUAUAACAGUUCACAGAAGUGUCAGAUUCAACAUUCCACCUUAAAACAUGCACUAAGUGCUAUGGAACAGAACAGCUAAUACAUCAUCUCUUCAUUGAUUUUCAGGAUCUCUGGUGGAAAUUACCGUGGAAUAUGAGAAACUUACAUGAUCAUGGUCAAACAGCAAAUCUCCAGAGGUUUAAUCAUGUUUUGGUUUUUACAGUAAUCUCAUAUUAGCUCCUAAAGAGCAAGCUAUUUCAUUAAAAACCAGAUUUUCAUGGAAUAAAAAAAAAUGAGAAUUUCGGUACCAGUUCUGUAAAGAAUAUUGACAUUGUUCUAGAGAUUCUCCAUAAAACAUUUUUUGACCAACCAACACCUAAGUGUUAAUAGACAAGAAGCCUUGGUCAGUUUGAAAGUAACCUAAAUCAGUUCUAAUAGUAAAAGUUUAAUCUCACUGAAAAAGAUUUUUAUUUUGUAUUUUUCUCUUUGCAUAGAUUAUUACACCUCAUUUCUCUGUUAAACAUCUCAGUAGCAUUAAAUCUAAGUGGAAGCAGGUAUACUUUGACAAAAAGAAGACGUUUCUUUAGUGUGUCAUGGGGACAAGCUCCACUUGGACCCGAGUCAUUUUUCCCCUUGCCUAUGCUUCUGCUUAACCCAAAGAGACCAAGUCACUGUACUGGUCCCUUGCAAGCCUUCUUAGACAGGUUGUACUGUAGAAUUAUGUAACUUUCUGUUGAAAGCACUUCCUAUAUUCAUGUAUUCCAACAUAGGAAGCUCAUAGAGCAGGACUUGACUUUUAAAAUUCUUUCAAUAAUUGAUAUUAAUUAAUUUUAAAUGCCAGUAUUGUGAAGAAUAUAUUUUUAAAACAAUGUAGUAAGUUAGCUGCUGGAAGAAAAAUAAUUCAGUGUGAAGAAGUUUUAACUGUCUGCUACCAACAUUCAACAACGAUGUUUUUAUCAAAUAAGUAUUCCUAUUAAGAAAGAAGCUGCUCUCUAAGUCCUCAGUCUUAGCCUCAGAUGCUAAAUUUGUGAUACAGAGACUAUCCCCGUCUCAGAUUCAGUCAGGACCUCAUGUUAAAGACAGUUCUGAAACUCCUUCUGAUGCUUCUAGUGACAUGACUAAUUUUUAUGAAAUUUACAAAUACGUUCUUCAACGUAAUAUCAUCCUGUGCCUUUCAUGUCUGUUAAAUUUGCUCAUACAACUUGAGAAAGCUGUAUUUGCAAAAUUAGGCCUUCAAUUUUUAUAAACAUAAGGAUUCCUCAGAACAGUGUCAUAUGGUAUUUUUUUCCUCUGGACUAUGUAAAGUUGUAUAUUAUGUGCUAAUUUUUUAAAUGACAAAAGCAGUUUCAUUUGAGUUGAUUUUUUAAAAAUCUAACAGGUUUGGUUAUAAGUAAUAUUACAUAUUGUCCUACUUUGCUUCCUGUUUGCUGUCUAUAACCUUGCUCAUAAAUAUCGCCACGUUUAUAUAUAUAAACAUGUUUUUUCCUUUGCCCUCUUUCCUUUCUGGGCCAAAUAGAACAAAGAAUUAUUUCUUUACCAAUUACUGAAAAGUAGUAUUUGGUUUUUAAGAGAUUCACAGUGUACUCUGAUGUACAAAUAUAUGAUAGCGAAACAUCCGCGUACAGAUUAUCAUUUGAGUUCAUAGAAGAAUCUUACAAGUAAUCCCCAAAUUUAGUAAACCUUGAUUACAUUUUAGUUCAAUUAAGUUAAUGGUUUAGAAAUGGCAGUUCAAUACAUUCACCCAUAUGAAUUAUAAGAAAAAUAAUUAUUAAACUAAUCUGAAGUUUAUGAAUGCAUAUCACAUGGUUUCAAUUAUGGGAAAAUUCGUUCUUUCAUGAGAGCAAUGAACUUUUUCCAGGAUUUUUAUAAAUGAGUUAGUCUACAAUCAUGUAUGAAUCACAAGACAUAAUGGUUUAAGCAAGAGCAGCAACAGUGUGCAAGAAUAUUUUGAAAGGAAUUAAGAAUCUUUACUUGGAAAUCGUAUCUAAGUUUUUGACACUAAUUAUUUGUUCUGGUUUCUAAAAGAUUGAUUAUGCUAACCAUAAUUACAAUGUCCCCAAUAAGAAAGAGGUAUUAGCCUUAUUCCAUGUUAAACCUUACUCAAAGACAGUAAAUUUCCUUGUUAUUUUACCUUUGAGUGAGCAAUCCAUUAGCCAGUUAUUAAAUUUGUCUUUCUUCAGACCAAACCCUAAAUGGUGUAUAAAUUUCAGGAUAUCCCAGACAACUUCUAAUCAGAAAAACGACAGAUCCAGAAAAUAAACAGGAAGUUUAAAAUGUUAGACAAGGCUUCUAUUAAAAGUGAAGGUGUCAUAAUUCUAGAAACUUUCAAAUUAGUCAAUUCUGUUUCUUCUCUGCUUGCUUAACUCAGAAUAACCUUUUGGUUUAGAUCCUAAUUAAUGAUUCCUUCCAUUCUAUCCCUACUUUGCCUCUCUAAAUACACACACACACACACACACACACACACACACAUGUACACACAUGCAUGCGCACACACACACAGAGAACAAAAUACACAUUCUAUCCUGUUGAUUGGCAAAAAUAGUAUUGGUCCUUAGAGUAAUUAUUUCUAAAAGACUGUCUUUUCUCUUAGAAAAAAAGGCUUGGAGCUGAAGAGACCCCCCUCCUCCCCUUACUAUACCAGAUUUAAUAUAUGUAUAAGAUAGUAUUGCUGGGGUUUUUGUGCUUUAAUUUUUAUGAAAGCUUUAAGGCAAAUUUUUAUAUCCUAGUAAUUACAGCAAAUAGAGGCCCACUGGUGGGCAGUAGGUAUGGGUUCAGAAAUUUGAGAAAGAAAACCCAGUUUCUUAUUGUUCUGUUAAAAACCCCUAAGUUUUGUAAUAGAAUGUGCAAGGCCAUAUAUGACAAUUAAGAGGCAUGUGAGCUCCUGCUCCUACAAUUACAGCCUUUAUUUAUCCACCAAAUGAGCUCCAAAACAUCGUGGUUUCUUAUUGCCUGGGAAACAGAAGGUAUGCUUCAUAUCAGUAGAGAACCCUGGUGCAAUAUAGAUUCUUGCUUAACCUUAAUUCUUUAUUGCUGUUUCUAUUUUCCUUGAAAUUUUAUUUGUAAAUUAUAUUACAUUUCACACAUAAGACAUUCAGAUGUUGACAUUGUAGUAACGGAAUAACCAAAUGUUUCAGAGUAUUAAAAUAACAACUAAAAUGCCAGCCCACCCAAAACAUACUUCAGAUAGCUAAUUAAACAGGCUAGAAGUGUAUCUUUCUCUAAGCUUUAUUCUGGAACCUAGCUUCUAGAACAUCAGUGAAAUUCUUGUGACCCUCGCUUGCAAAUAUUCAGAAAGUUUAUAGUAAAUUGGAAAUAAAAUGAUUGCUAGAGGAUUUAUCUCCAGUAUAGGAAGUAGAAAUAGACUUGAGAAUGUCAGCCAAAAGGAAGACAGGAGACUUGAGAAAAGCAAAUGAACAUUUGGAUCUUAUGUGUAACCCUGGAAACAUGUUAACCUAUAUAGUCAAAAGUAAUGGAGGUGAAUUUUGGAGCUGGAAGAACAUUCCUGCCCAGAAGACUUUUCUAAAGCCAUAUUCCAUGGGCGUAUGAAUAGAAGGACCAAAGAUGUCUUUGCAUCCAGUUGACACAUGACUACAUAGAUUAAGCUGUCCACUUACAAGCAAUUUCCAAGUUAAAAUUCUGAUACUGUUCCUAGAAAUUGCAAUUCUAUGAUACCUUUCCUCUUCUCGCUUUCUGUGUCUUCUACCACUGUCCUUAAACUCGAUUGCCUCUGCUGAAGAUGGUUGUCAUCACUGUCAUCCCCACCAGGAAAUAGUUCUGAGCCCAAGGCUAAACAUGUUGUUAGGCACUGCAAGAAAUUAGUUUUUAAAAGAUAGCAGUUUAUGAUAAUCAAAAAAAUGCAGGGAUGAAAAUCAUAGGUACCAAAUGUGGACAUAAAACAUAUGGCAUUCAUUUCUGCCAUUGACCUUUGCUUUCCUCCACCCUCUCUCUUAGAGAGAAGCCUCGAACCAUGAAAAGUAUGAUGAUCAAUGAUCGUGAAGAUGAUAACAAUGAGAGUUGUCAGGUUGUUUCUUUUUUUUUACUAAAAUCCAAAUGACCCCAGUGUGGCAGGUUGUAAAAUACCUCUUUAGUAUCUCAACACUGCCUAUGAACAGGGAAAAAAUUAAGGGAUUAAAGACUUAGAAGUCUGGGGUAGGAGAGCAUUAGUUUAAUUUACUCUUAUUAUGUUGAAUUGUAAAUGUGUUGUGUAGUAUUUAAAUGGAAUUUUUCCAUGAUGACUUUUAAGCGUCUAAGAUUUUUAUUAACUUUACAAGGUCAGAUUUCCUUCCCCAAAGAAUGGCAAGCCAACCUUUAUAAACCAACACUGGGCAUUUAAGCAAGGAGGGUGGACAGAGAAUAAUUUUUGGUAUAUAAGAGAGUCUCCUCUGUUGGCUAUGUCUUGAAGGGACUGUGGUAGAAAUGGCUAUCUUUCUGCUCUAAUGUUUUAUAGGGUGCAUUCUGCCCUUUGGCCUUAUCUAGGGCUUCUUUCUGCAUGUGUGAAACGAUUUGCAUAAGAAAAGACCGACUUCCAGGCAGCAAAAUCUUGUAUUUCAAACAGGACUUCAAGAAUAACAUGCUAAUUGAACACUUUACCUAUGCCAAGGUAAAACCUAAAACAAAGAGGAAAAAAGCAGGCAUUCUCCCCUUCAAGUCCAUGGAACACAUACAUUGCUAUCCUUCCCUCUUGCACCUCACCAUCCAAAAGAAAAAAAAAAUCUAUUGCCCAAGUGCGAAAGGCAAAAUUGAAUUUCUCUAUAAGGAAAAAAAUACUAACUAGAAAUAAUAUUACUUCAGUAACUUUAGGCUAGUAUUUUAAUGAAAGGAGUUUUAUGUGAGAUAAUAAAUGAGUGAGGUAUUUAGAUUUAGUUGUAUUGGGUUUUUUCUUUCCUUAAAAAGGCAGAGAGAUGUGUAAUAAAACAAAAAAAAUGAGGGGUGUUUAAUUUGGGGUAUCUAUAUGCUUUGGAGAACUGCCCUAAUUCAAUAUAAACCUUUGUCAAGACAUUCCCCAGGCUAAUAAAUAAAUCCUAUUAUGGUGGUUUUAUGAAUCUUGAAAGUUACCUUUAGAUUAUUGUUCAAAUAUUUCUUCACUGUGCUGCCUUUAAGAUGAUGAAUAUGAGGCAGAGAAAGGAUCUCAGAAGAAAUUUAUCUAAAAGGCAAGUUCCAUGACAAGGUCACAUUUUUCAUGUUGUAGAAACAGCAGGAGAAUCAUUCUAAAAGCUAUUUUCAUAACAAACUACAUCAUUCUUUUUUUACUCUGUGGGGUAACAAGGAUGACCUUUUGGGUAGGAGACUUGUAAUAGUCUUUUAAAAAAUUAAAUAGUAGCAGGACCUCCUGCCCUUUAUCUGCUGUGCUAUCUGGGGAUUCGUAUUGCUCUGGAUGUCAAGCAUUGGCUCUGGGGCUGAGCAUCCUAUCCUGAGAAAUUCUCCCUCUUUCGUUUCCAUCCACACUCAUAGAAUAGUUGAGGGAAUACUGAAUGUAAUUCUAUGGUUUAGAAUGUAGUCUCAUCCCUAUUCUCCAAGUGUUAGAAUAUGCCCAUGUUUAUUUUCCCCUUUAAACAUUUUCACUUUAUUUGAUCCUCAUUUAUAUAAUUUCUCACUUGAAACAUUUUUGCGGGGUUUAGUGUCCUUUGCCAAUCCUUGGGUUCAAAUCAAAUUUAUUAAAUGAAAUUAAAGAUUUUUUUUAAAAAAACUGUUUCAGCCUAUUUCACCUGGGCCUACAAUUUUUUACCAUACCAUAUAAUUCAUGUAAUCCUCAACAUCAUACCAUCACUACACAAAAUGAGCAAAUGUUCAGGAUCAGUCUGGGGAAGCUUGGUAAUCUUACAUACUUGUCCCUUGCAGCAGUUUUUGUGUUCAUCUUGAUUAUGGUCAUCAGCUUCAUUGUCAUCACACUUCUCAUAGGCUAUGGCAUUUUUGGAUUCUCCACUAGAAGCAGCAUUAUUCCUGGCAGCUAACACGUGAUCUCUGCCUCUUCCACUUCUUUGUUCUCUGUUAGGGUUCUUCCUUUUAAAUGACGUGUUAAUUCAGGAACCCCAGGUCUUCCUUCUCCUCCUCCUCUUCUAAAGAAAAAUGAUAUAGAUAACAGACUGCCUUUGCUUCAGUUUUCCCUUAUUUUCAAAUCUGGCCAUGCUUCCUCCUCUCAUGCAGAAGCUGCGUGUUUCAGGUGUUCAUUGGAGGAUUUUUUUCCCCUGAAAGAAAAGACUCUGGCCCUUCUACUUAUUGACCCAUGACAAAUAAGAUUGUUAGGAGAUGUGAACUAAUAUAGUUAUCAGUCACAGAGGGCUGAGAAUUUAAUUAGGCCAUUUUUCUUUCUGCCCUGCUUUAUCAAUGAUCUGGUCUUAGCUUGAGGGAAAUAGCAAAUAAAUAGAACCAUAAUACUACUAAGUGUGUUAGACAGAAACUGGGAAUCUGGUAGCCAAGAUGAAGAUUACUAAACCUCUCCCAUCUUUAGUGCUUAUACCAGUACAAAGAGAGUCUUUUUUUAAAGCAGAGUUUUUGUGUAUCCAUAAAUAUUAAUUUCCCAUCUUGAGUCCCCCGACCACCUCCUCAGUGCCUUUGGAAUUUACAAGACAGAGGUAAGUUUAUAAUGGCCACUAUGAGUCAUACUUCGAAUGAUAGGGGCAUCCUCACUUUUUCCCAGUCAUAUUGGUUAACCAAUAAGAGGACUCAGAAGGUCUACCAUUUGACCUUAAGACAUUUUAAAAGCCAGUGAAACCAAGCCUUUAUAGACAUACUGCCCUCUUGGGAUUAGAGGUGGGAGCAUAGGGAGAAGGGGAGAUGCGUCACAGCCCUUUUCACUUAGAAGCCUUAAAAAUAAAUCCAUUUGUCUUGAAAUGUGUGAAUAAAACAAAAAUCAGGUGGUUCAGGAGGGGACUUAAUUGUAAAUUCGCCAAAAGUUUGCCAUAAUUUUAGUGGUGAAGCUACCACGUUUUGAUUUCAGUACACAAAAAAAUAAAACUAUUCCUAAAUAAUUGAUUAUUAGAACAAAAUCACUGCCAGGCACUAUUAUGCAAGAGUUUGACAUUUCUCCAUUGUCAGCCUGACAAUCUGUAUCUUAAGUUGUCUUAUUAUUUGGGGACCCUUCUUCCCACCUGCUUCUUUUCGAUUCUGGAUAUCAGUAAACCUAGCUUGUUCUGCUUGUUCUUUGAGUUUGUCUUCCUGAAUAUUCAAGAUUACUUUAAAAAAAGAAAAGCCCUAAACACCAUUCACUUUAUUCCUUUAGCAUGUGAUCUCUCACCUGACACAUAUUGUUUUUAAGAUGAAUACCCAAUAGAUGAAAUAUAAUGCCGCAUUAUGCCUUGAAAAAAUAAUAAUUUUCUGAAAUUGGUUUAUAUAUUUAGUUAUUGCUAAAAUGCUCAUUACCAUGGUACUUAAGCACUUGAUAUUAAAUAUGAAUAUAUUGUUUAAUGAGGAAACAGGCUUUCCCCUAUGAUCUCUAAGACUUAUUGUUUUUCUUUGUCUUUUGCAUCUGUUUGAAGGGAUUGCUGAGAGCUUCUUAAUGGCAUUUCAUUUGUCAUUUUCUGAGUAGGUUACCUUCCUCCUCUUUGUGCUAUAAUUUUCUGUAACAACCAGACUUUUGAUACCCUGAGGGGUCAGUCUUCCUUGUGAUGCCUAUGCAUGACACCCAUUAAUACUGGUGAAAGUAAUACACAAGCACCAACAGGAGACAAGACCCCCAAAGUGUAAUAGGAUCAGCAGAUCAGAGCCCUGAUAGAGAAUGGCGCCUGCAAUACAACUAAAUGUGAUUUCAAUUAUAAAUGGAGUAGAAGCCAGGAACAGGAUUAAGAAUUUUAAGUAUGUAAAUCUUCCUUCUUAUUGGUUUGCAUUUUUCCCCAGCUUACACAUUUAUAUUUUAUUUGCAGUGUGUACUCAGUGAAUAAAAAUUCUGAAAUAAUUCCACACAUCUAUUUAACCAUGCAAUUAAAAAAAAAAAGACAACUAAAGUCAACGCUUUAUAAUAGAGUUUAUUUGUCGUCUUUUUGAGUAAGUACUAAGAGCAUUUGAAACAUACUGUGUGUGAUUGUGAGCUCUAUCUUAGGAGAAGCCCAGGGUAGCUUUGUGUACAAUUGGAUAUCAUGUUAUUAAUGUGUUAAAAUUGAAUGAAGUCCAAUUGGAAGUUGGUCAUUUAAGCAGCGUUUUGUUUUUAGAAAUUGUCUCAAAUUUGCUCCUAAACAGAUUCCAUCCACUGCUUUGCUUACGUAAAAUUAUACUGUAAAUAUUUUGAACUUUUUUUUAAAUGUCUUCCCACUCUCCUCCCCCUGCCAAUUCCUCCCACCUCAUACAAGAUGGGCAUACUACUGUAGCAACAUGUUUUGAAUGAUUUUCACGGCUGUCAUAAGAGGGGACAGCUAAACUUUGGCUAAGUUUUUACUAGAAUUUUGAAAUAAGAAAAUUUCUAAACAUUACCUUUUAGUUAAAUUUAUCAGGGGAGACCAGGCACGAUUCUUGGUUAUUUUAUGGAUGAAUAGGCCUGUGACGGUCACUGGGGCCACUCUCCUUUUCUGUAAAUACUGAGGUGCAUUAAUGCUUAAUACUGUUUCGUUUCUCAAAAGUAUUUUUAAUGCAAUUUUCAUGAAAAACUUAAUUAGUGAAAUCUUUUAUUCGAAUUUCCCUUAAUUUGCUUUUUUGAGGAGAGAUGUCUCCUUGAUAUGUGUACUUUCUUACAGAGCUUUCUUACCUAUUUUUGUAACAGUGGAUAUAAUAGUAUGAAGUUUAAAUGCUCUGUGAGCAAAAUUAUAUAUCUCUUUAACCUAAGGAAAUAUAUUGCUGAUUAAGUCUUGGUCUUAAAUUAUUUCCAACUUGUUUGCUGGUGAGACUAAACCAAGAACUGAUCUCAUUAGUAAAUACAUGUGUUUGUGCUGUUAUCAGCAAUGUUGUUGAAAUGUUUUAUGUCACAUUUUAAUUCAUGUUUUCAUUAAAAGAUAUAAAUAGAUGGGUGUGUGAAGCAGUCCAUUCUGUAGAAUAGUACAUAUCGAGUGACUUUAGUUUGAGUCUGUCUAUUGAAAAGUGCUGUAUGUACAAUUUUAAUCACAUACCUACUUUUCUACUGCCUGUAUAGCACCGAUUCUCUUGGUGCUUUGUUCCCUUUGUAUAACUGUAUUAUGCAGAAAAAUUGAUGUCCUGGUGUGUAAACAGUGUCAAUGUAUUUGAGAAAUGUCUUCAAUUGAUUAUACUAAGGAGGUCUUAAAUGGCAGUUUAGUUUUUCAUAAUAGAGUACAAAUUUGUUUAGUGGGUUAAAAGUUACUCGCCUCCCCCUUCCUCCAAGAAAAAAAAUACUUUAUGAGUAUAUACCCAGAGUAAGGAAAUCUCUGACUUUUGUCCUAUGGUGUUACACAAAGAAUAAUCCUUAUUCUCAUUCAGUGAAAAGAGACUUUUCAUUUGGUUGUUACACAAUAAUUAUUGUGCAUUCCAUAAGCAAAUCUAUGAGCAUAUUGUUAAUCACUGCUGGGGCUGAAAGCCUCUCAUGUAAUCUGGUCACAUGUUAUCACUAGCAAAAAAUGUUUGUUAUAUCUUUAUGUUGUGGCUUAAAUCUGGACCCCAAAGAAAAUGAACGUUAGGUAUAUUUAACAUUUUUUAUUAUCCUUCUACAUAGUUCCUUAAUGAAUCAAGAAUUCAAUAUAAAUAUCUUCAAAGAAAUUUCUCUACUUUCCAGUCCAAUUUGAUAUAGUAUAUUGGACUUUAUUAUACCCAAAUAUAUACUCUUUCUAGCACCAUCCCUAACAUGAACUUGUUGAUUUUUUCAUUAGCAAUAACCAUGUUAUGGUUUUGCUUGACAAAAUGCUCUACCUGGUUUUGAUUACUUAAUCCUUUCGUUAAUUUUACUGGCUAGUUAUCUCAGUUCAAAAGAUAUGGAUUAUAAUGUUUCAUGUUUCAUUGUCUUGUUUACUUGCUGUUUUCAUCAAUAAAGAUUUUAUAACAACAGAAUUGUUUUUUUAAAAGACCGAGUUUGCCGGUACUAUUUUGCACAUGAAAAAGAAUUUUAACUCAUGGUACUGGAAAGUUGACAGAAAUUAAAUUCACUACAUUAUUAUUAAGUUACCAACCACCAUUAAAAUCCCUAGUUCCAUAAAUUAAUCAGAAGCCAUCCCAAUUAACUUUUUUAAAAAAGAAGACCAAUGCUCAAUUAUCAUGUUUUAAGUUUUUUCCCUCUAAAAAACAUUAUUGCUUUCUGGGGAUACUAGCAAUGAAACAUGUGAAACCGUUCUGUUCGAAACUAAAUUGAUUAAUACUCCAACUAUGAGACAGGACUGGGAUCUUAUCCAUUACUUACUGCUGAAUUUCUCCCUUUUAUCAAGUAUUAUUACUAUCCAUUAUUACAAUGAAGAUGAAAAAGCAGAAAGAACAAAUGUGUUCCCAAAUAUUCACCAAAAAACCCAAAACUGUGUUCUUCUAAAUUUUGGAGUGACUAAAGUUGUUAUAAAUUUGGUAGUUAGACUUUCCCUGGUGUGUAAACAUUGUGAACAUAUUUGAGAAAUAUCUUCAAUUGAUUAUUCUAAGGAGGUCUUAAAUGGCAGUUUAGUUUUUUGUGAGAGUACAAAUUUCUCAUCUAGGGAGCUCAUGGCUAAUUUUAAUCCAUACCGUUACAGCUGGGGGGGGGGGGAGGAUGAAGGUCCGAUGGUAUAUGUACAUCUAUAUGGUAUGUUUUACACUUGAGAUAUUGUUUUUGGGGGGAGUUAACAAGGAAUUCAUGCAGUUAAGUAUCACAUGGUGUCACAGUAUCUGAGAUUGUUAUCAGAAAUUCGUUGUUACAACUAUUCUGUCUUAUCUAAGAAUCUCCAAUAUGCAAAAUAUUUACUAUUAGUCACUUUUUUCACUUGAAAAUAAAGUCAUUCCCAAU